AUGGCUCCCAGCAUCGAUCUGCUUCCAGAGUACUCACUACCGCCACCUACCAAAGAAAACUUGGACUAUGUCGACCUCGUGAAUUUGGAUCUCUCGAAGUUCGAUGAUCCUGUUGGCAGAAAGGAGCUCGCAAGAGAGCUCUACGAAGCUGCCACCGGCUACGGUUUCCUCACCCUCACCAACCAUGGCAUCUCAGACGAGAUUUAUAUGCGUCAGAUGCGUAUUGCAAAUGCUGUGAUGACACUUCCACCAGAAAAAAAGGCUCCUUAUGAAGUUACCCCUGAGGAGGACGCCCGCGGACUCUACGUCGGCUAUAAACCCGCAGGACCGCUCGGACACAAAGGAGGGUUUCCGAAGCAGUUGGAUCACUUCAAUCUGCUUGUUCACGACUCCAAAGAAGGUCGUCAACAUCCUGAGGUCUUCCGUCCAUACAUGCCGGAGACCUACGAGGUCAUGCACUUCAUCAGAAACAACAUCUUGAAGAAGCUGCUUAGGCUUGUUGCAAUGAUCUUAGAAGUGCCAGAAGAAGCGGUGCUGUCUACUCACGCGCCAGGUGGAUCCAAAACCGAGUAUAUUCGUUAUAUGAUGUGCGAGCCUCGCUCAAAGGAAGAAAGCGAGAAAUACCGUGAUAUCUUUCUAUCUGGUCAUACUGACUGGGGUACAUGGACUUUCCUUUUCUCACAGCCGAUUGCUGCACUCCAGGUGUUGUGCCACCACACUGGUCGGUACAGAUGGGUCAAGCAUCAACCCCGCGGCCUCGUUGUAAACUUCGGCGAAGCCCUCGAGCGACUUACCGGCGGACUUUUUAAGGCCACAAUUCAUCGUGUUAUUCAGCCACCAGAGGACCAGCGCCAUCUGCGUAGAAUUGGUGUUAUCUAUUUUGCUCGUCCAGCCGACGAGAGAGAGCUUGUGCCCAUCGAGAACUCCCCACUGUUGGAGCGUCUUGGAGCUGACAAGCCAAUUGACGAUAGGAUCUUCUGCAUGGCUGAUUACCUUGAUGCGAGAAAGCACGGUUGGAAGAGAUAUGAAUUUGACAUUGAUCGGCCUAGAGACUCUACGAAGCAUGCAGACUUCUUCGACGGAGAGUAUCCUGACCCCGACGGACACAAGAGCCUUGGCAAGUUUGACAACGUACCAAGAGUAAACUACAGCAUUCCCAAGGUGACGGCUUGA